AUGUCCUUCGAGAUCAACUGGGAAAACGUCGGAAAGGAUGCGGGCAUCAACUUCUCGAUCAAAAGUUUUAUAAACUCGCACCUGGAAUCGAUCGAGCUUCCCAGCUACGUGAGAAGCCUACAAGUGACGAAAUUUGAUUUUGGUAGUACGCCGCCAAAUGUGAUCUUGAAGGAGAUAUCAGACCCAUUAGAGGAUUUUUAUCAGGCAGUUGCCGAAGACCAAGAUGGUGAGAUUCCAAUGCCACCGUUAUUGGAUCCCUCAUUAGAAAAUUGCGAGACUGGCGGUGACAAAGAAAGCGAUGUACAAUUUUUAGUGGAAUUUGAUUACAAGGGAAACAUGGUGAUUGAAGUCUGCGCGGAACUUGUUUUGAACUAUCCUAGCCCCUCGUUCAUGACUUUGCCUGUCAAACUUUCCAUCAGUGACAUCGGAAUUCACUCGCUGUGCUUGAUAGCGUAUCUUGCCAAACAAGUCUUUGUGAGUUUCCUGUGCGACGUGAGCGACCCGAUCCUGGAUUCUAAAGAUUCAUUAAUGGAUGCUUCGAGUGCCAAUUUUCUUGGAAAACGUUCCUUAGAGAGAAUUUCGCUCAUCCGAAGCAUCAAAAUCAGCAGUGAAGUUGGAGAACACAACAAUGGUGAGGGAUCUGUGUUACGAAGCGUCGGCAAACUUGAACAGUUUCUCCUGGAAGUGGUCAAAAAUAUGCUACGAAACGAAGCCGCUUGGCCCAGCUGGAUUAAUCUGGAUUUUAACGACGAACAUGACGACGACAACGACAACGACAACGACAACGAAGACGCGCGCGAUGAGAAACCUACCUAA